UUCGCGCCGUCGAUCGCCGAGGCCUGGCUUGCAUGUGGGCGUUUCCACCCGGGCGCAGACUCCUCGCGUCCGCGGACGGGGUCGUCUUGUGUCCGCGGUGUCGCGGAUGCAGCCAUCCCGAGUUAUGGCUCUCGCGGUGCGGGUCGUUUAUUGUGGCGCUUGAGGCUACAAGCCCAAGUAUCUUCAGCUCAAGAAGAAGUUAGAAGAUGAGUUCCCCGGACGCCUGGACAUUAGUGGCGAGGGGACUCCCCAGGUUACUGGGUUCUUUGAAGUCAUGGUAGCAGGGAAGUUGGUUCACUCCAAGAAGAGAGGCGAUGGCUACGUGGACACAGAAAGCAAGUUUCUGAAGCUGGUGGCUGCCAUCAAAGCCGCCUUGGCUCAGGACUAAUGUGCCCUGAAGGCAGAGUCCAGUGACCUUGGCCCAGCCCCUCUCGGCAGAUGCUUCAUGACGGGAUGGACUAAAAUGUCUCAUGGAGGCCGGGUCUUUCCCUGAUGUUUUUGCAGCCGUCGGCGGGGCAGUGAUCAACAACUCUGGUCUUUGCCUUUGUGUGUGUGUGUCUCCCCGUAAUCCAGCUGUGCACACUAGACCUGCUCUUUCCUCUCUCUACCUUUCACCAUCACCCUCUACUCCCCCAUGUCUCCCUGUCUCCCGUCUGAGCUUUGGAGUGAUCCUGCUCCAGGCUUCCUUUUCAAGAGGGAACCAAGAGAGGGAUCCGGAUGAGUGUGUCUCAGAUUUCAGCCAUGUUUGCAAGUUCACAAUUCAAUAAAUACUGGAUGAGUUUAACAAAGUG